GUCCCGGUGAUCGUUAAGUUUUUGAAACCAACUGAGUAUUGAUGUACUGGAAGUAACUUUGCGGCCUUCAACCUGCAAGGUGCCAGUCCAAUAUGAGUUGGGUUGUGGACGAGUGGAAGGAUGGCCUACCGGCCAAGGCCUUGCAGAAGAUUCAAGAAAUGGAGACCAAGUUGGAACGUCUCGGCAAAGAGCAGAAGCAAAAACAGUUCCAGAUGGAAAGUUUAGAGGCGGCCUACCAGAAGCAGAUGAGGAAAACUGAGGAGGAAAAAAAUGCGCAAGCGUCUCUCAAACGAGACAACCAGUCCAUCGCAGAGACAUGCCAAGAACUGGAGCGGAAACGAGAGAAAAUCUCCCAUGAUCUGCAGAGUAAGGAGACCAUGGUAUCGUGCCUAGAGGGCAAACUUUCUCAUACUCAACAACAGCUUGAGACCGAGACUAGCCGUGCUACUCAGAUAAAAAAUGAGCUGGAAAAGGUGCAAAUGGAGCACAACUCUUGCCUUCAGAAGUUGGAAAAGGUGAGCGGAGACCACGCCAGGCUCCAAGAGAACAGCACCCAACAGCACCACCGCUUGGAGGAACAGGGUCACCGUGUGAAGUCCCUGCAGAAGGAGGUUUCACAGCUGAGGGAUAAGUUGGAUCUCCAUGAGGGAAGGACUAGGAAUUACAGCUCCGUGAGUUCAGCAAGCGAAGAAGAGCACUCCUCCACGAAGCAGCAGCUUAAAGACAUGGAAGCUGAGAAGAAUAGACAGGUUGCCAAAGUCAAACAGUUGGAGGAACUUCUUGCACAGGUUAAGAGCACCAAGACUUCGCAGCCACAUGUCCAAGGGGCUCCCGAUCUGAUGUGUUUUGACAGUCCUGUAAAACCCCAGCAGACACAGUCCGCACCUGCGUCAAACAACGAUCAGACAGCUCUACGUGAUUUAGAGAACAAACUUGCUGAUGUGAAAAGACAACAUGAAGGAAUGACCAAGGAAAACCACAAGCUGGAACUUCAGGUCCAGGCUAAGGACAAAGAACUGAGCACCUUGCAGUCCAAGAUGAACAAUACGGAGCAGCAGGUCACUGAGGUCAAGAAAGCCCUGACAGAGAAAGAAGCAGCAUUCAACAAACAGCGAGACGAGACAAACACUUUGAAGGUGCAGCUGGAGAAAGCCAAUGCACAGCUUGAAGAACUUGGCAGAAAAUCCAAACAGAUAACCCAGGAGCUGGAGUGCAAGCGCCACAAUGCUGAGGCUGCUCGUCAGACCCAGGAACAGCGCUUCAAGGAAAGAGAGAAGGAGCACAAACAAGAACUCUCACAGCAGACACAGGCCCUGACCUCCCUGGAUAAACAAUUCAACGAUACCAAAAACAAGCACCAACAGGAGAUCAAUAAACUGACAACAGAGCGAGGCAUGCUGCAGUCGCAGCUUGAGAAAGCACAGUUUGCUGCCCAGAAAACGGAGAAGGAGAUGGGAGAGUUGAAACGCAAGGUCGACGCAGCUGGUCAAAGUAUCAGUGCCCAUGACAAGACGGUGGCCCAGAUGGAGAAGACGAUUACAGAGAUGAAGAGGGAAAAAGAAAACUUAACAUGCAGACUCGAUCAAGGUAACUGCAAGUUGGAUAAUCUUGAACGCCAGGUUGCGCAGCUAAAGCACGAAAGUCAGCACAAUGAAGGCCUGGCAAAUGACCUUCGCGGGAAAAUACAGCAGAAGGAAGGCGAGCUGGAGAGCAUCACCAGCAAGUCAGAUAAUCGAUUGAAGGAACUUAAUAACCUCAUGGAGAAUUUGAAGCUCAAGUUGUCAACACUUGAGACCAAGCAUGCAUCCGCACAGGAUGUAGCCCAGAAACGAGAGCACGAGAAUGAACAGCUGUCCACCAAGUGUUUCACAGCAGAAGAGGCCAAACAGAAAUUACAACAACAGGUCGAUGCUUGUGGAAGGGAGAUUGAAGGCUUUAAACAAGAGAUUGUGUCUUUGAAACAGCACGGCAAAGAACUCAAGGCAAAGCUAGAUAAGGCAAUGGAUGUGCAAGCCCAAAGUGAAAGUAAAGUCGAAGAGAAAGACAACAAGAUUUCCGAGUUGCAAGACCAGCUGAAAGAAUCUAAGAACGAGGUUCAGGCAAUUGGUUCUCAACUUCAGGAGCUCUCUGCAAAGCAGGAAAACAAUCAGCAGAAUUUGGACAAGAAAGAAGCAGAGAUUGCGUCUUUCAAACUUCAACUUAAGGAUGUCGAAGCUACACUGCAGCAAUCAGAAGUCAGGCAUGCUGAUGGCCUCAAAGAAAUAAACAACGAGGCAAAUCAUCUCAAGCAGCAGAUAAGUGAUCUAGAGAAACAGCUACUUAACGAGAAAUCUACAGCCAGUAAAUUGCAAGAGAAGUGUGACAAUUUCUCUGAGCAAAUUCAGCAAGCAGAAAACAGUCUUAGAUGUAAAACUGAUGAACUUCAGAAUCUCGAGAGAGAAAUGGUGGCCCAGAAAAGUGAACUCAAAUGCGCUGUUCAUGAUGCCAAGGCUCAGCUUCGAGAGGCGGAGAAUCAGAGAGCUACCAUCGAGCAACAUCAUGACCAGGAAUUGGGUAUCAAAGUAGAUGAGAUCGCUACCAAAUCCACCCAAAUAUCCAACCUUCAACAAGAAGUUGAAAAGACUACUGAGCAUCUCAAGUUCUUUGAAGCCCGUUGUGGUCAGCUUCAGACGUCCAGUGAUGAACUCAAAGUUAAACUUGACCAGCUUGAGUCUGAAAAGUCUCAACAUGAUGCCAUCCUGAAAUCCAAAGAUGAGGAACUUGACAAACAUCAGGCAACACUUGCCCAACGAACGACUGAUUUGGAGUCCAUUAUCGGCACACUCAAACAGGAAAAUAGCAGCCUUCAUGCAGACUACAAGAAAGCUUGCGAACUUGCCGACGCCAAAGGGUCCGAAGCAACGGAUCUGUUGAACAGGCUGGAAACAGUGGAGGUGGAACUUGAGAAAUUGAGAGAGCGAUUGAACAGGACUGAAGCAGACUUGGAGCAGGCCAAGAAAGCUGUGCAAGAUUCAAAGAUUCUUCAGGACGAUUAUACUAAAACCUUGGCAGACAAAGAGGGAUUGCUUGAGACUCUUCAAGAAGAAUUUGAAGAUAUGGAACUGCAGCUUCAGAAUUCAAAGGAGAAACAUCAAGGUGCUGUGGCACAACUGAAGGAAAAAUACAACCAGGCAGAAGCUAACAUAGAGGCUAAAUCUCAAGAAAUUACUGAGUCGAGAGAGGAAGCAAAACGUCUGGAGGAUACGGUUGAAUCGUUGACGAAGCAACUAUUAAAUGUGGAGUCAGAUCUCCAGAAUACAGCCUCAUCUGCAGAGGUGCGAGCAAAGGAGAUUUCCGAGAUGGCACGCAAUUUAGAAGUGUCCGAGACCGAGUUGGGCAGCGUGAAACAUGAUUUGGAAAUUGCAGAGAAAAGAUUGUCUGAUGCUCAACGUGACCUUGUCAUCACUCAAGAGGACUUGGAAACCACGAAACAAAAUCUUGUCUGCAGGGAUGAAGAGAUCCAAAAACUGAUACAGGAGGCGUUGGAACUGGAGUCCAAUCUUGACAGCUCCAGCAAAUCCCUGGAGACAACGAUCAACAGUUUGGAAGAAAAGAACGCAGUUCUCACCGAGAAAUGUAGCAAUGCCAUGACAACUAUCACAAACAAAGAAACGACUAUUGGAGAGUUAAUGGGUCAAGUUGAAAAUGCGGAAACGGAAGUUCAUGCACUCAAAGAGAAAAUUAAAACAUUUGAAGAGAGUGACACUGCUGCAGAGACAACGAUAGAGACACUUCGCGAGCAGGUUAAUCAUCAACAAGAACUUCUUCGGACAAAAGAUGAAAAGCUUUCUGGCACAGAGGAAGAAUUACAAAAUUUACAAACACUAUUCGAUGGGAUCUCUGAAGAUCUUAAAUCGAAGAAUGAGCAGCUGGAAAACAUGAAGGCAGAAUUUUCACACCAGAGUGAUCAAAACGAGAUUGCAUUGAACCAAAAGCAGUCUCUUGUGGAUGAUCUUUCAUCGACGAUAAGUUCGACCGAAAUGGAAUUCGUCCAAUGCCAGACGAAAUACUCUCAAGUUGAAGAAGAGCUGACACUUCUGACAAGAGCCCAUUCCGAACUCAAAGACAGAUAUGAUGCGAGCCAACAACACCAGCACAGCAUGGACGAAACACUCCAGAGUAACCUACAAGAAAUAGAAGAGCUGCAACAAAAGUUGGAUGAGACCUUGGGUGAAAAAACAAGAUCAACAGAAAAUCUUGAAGCAUCAAAAUUGAGACUCAGUGAGCAGUUGGAAGAGAGUGCCACUCUCAUCACUCAAAAAGAAACUCAAUUAGAUAACCUCAAUAAGGAAUGUCUCACCCAGAAAAUGGAAACGGAAACCCUCACUGCUGCUUUACACUCUGACAUCGCAAACUUACAAGAAAAAGUUUCAGGCCUGCAGACAGCGCUGGACAAAACAAAGGAUCUCCAUCGUGCCACUGUGGAGGAGUUGGAAAAGACAAAAGACAAGCUGACAUCGACCACGGAGGAAAACGAGAGGAUGCAAGGACGCCUUGAUCUCAUCCAGAUGGAUAUUGAAGACAAAGAUGACUGCAUGGAAGCUUACAAUGAGCAGGUAUCCAAGAUGGAGGAGAGCAUCAAAGCCCUGCAGGAGACCAAGCAAGAAAAUAGUGAAACCAUCAGAGGCUUCAAGACGGAGCUUGAAAAGGCACACAAUGAAAUGGAUGCUGUCAGAAAAGAAAAUGACAACCAGAAGGUUGAGCUUGUUAACUUAAAUGAGAAAGAAUCGCAUCAGGAAGAAGUCGUGAAGAAUUUAAAGGCAGUGUUGGUUGAGAAGGAAGAUAGCAUUGAAUCCCUCACCGAAGAAUGUGCUGCUCUCAAAGCUGACACGGACAAGCAUUUAUCUGAGAUUAAAGAGAAGACACAAGAUGUUGAGUCAAUAGAAAUGCAGAUUGAAAACCAGACUCAAACCAUGGCUUCCCUGAAAUCGGGUCUUGAGGAAAAGACUUUGCUGGUAAACCACAUGGAGGCUAAGUGUGCUGAUCAUUCACAAAAACUUGAAGAGAGGGAUUCCCUUCUUGAAGACAACCAACAUUCAUUACAGGCCAAGCAGGAACAGCUGGAGGAGUUGCAGAGUAAGUUGUCACAGACUAAAGAAGAACUUGAUGCCACAAUUAGAAAGAUGACCCAAGAGGCCAGUGGACUUCUGUCUCAGCUUGAAAUCAGUCAGAUGGACGUUGAAGAUCGUGAACAGUCUCAUCAGGAGGUGAUCGCUAAGCUGGAACAGAAGGACCAGCUAUGCAAGCAGCAGGAGAUCAGAAUAGCUAAUCUUACCGCCGAGUCGGAAGAGCUUCAAAGCAAGACUGAGGAGUUGGAGAACGCGAGGGUCGCCCUUGAGAAAAACCUUUCUCAGUUUGAAAAUGAUAUGAAGGUUGCCGUAGAGAAAGAGGAGAGUGUUAUCAUUGAUCUAAGGCAGAAAACAAACACUCUGGAGGCAGACAAUUUAAACGUAAAAGCUGAAUUGCAGAAGACCCAAUUUACUCUUGAGAAUACGGUUGAAGAUCUGGAUAGCCUGACGGAGCAGUACAACACAACUUGUGAGAAAUACGAACUGCAGCAACAGCAUCAUCUGGAGCUUACAUCUAAUCAUUCCGAACUGAAGAGCGAGUUUAACACUAUUGUCGGUCAGAAGGAUACCCUCCUUCAGAGCAAUCAGGGUCUGAGGCAAGAACUAGAGGAAGCAAAAGAAACCAUCCGUCAGGCGAGUGGAGAUGCAGAGGUGGAGAGGCGGGCACUGCAUGAGAAGCUUCAUACUCUCACCACUGAACACUCACAGCUCCAAACAACCUACAUGGAGACACUAGACACAUUGACAGAUAUUUCUAAACAACAAGAAGUAACUAAAGAGAAACUGCAACAGCUAGAGACCGAGAAAUCUGAGCAGCUGACUAACUCUGACACUACUGUGGGUGCAUUGAAAGAAAUGGUGCAGCAGCUGCAAGCUGAGCUGGGCUCAACUCAAGACACUCUCAGUCUAACGAGAGAACAACUCUCUGACCAGGAAACUCUAUGCUCUCAACUUCAAGAGACUGUUGCAGCAGAAAAAGAGAAUCAAACUAUCAUGGUCAAGGAACUCAAAAUAAAGCUGGCAGCAAUGGAAUCCGUCUGGGAUGAUACACAGACUAAGCUGACAGAAGUCGAGAAGUCACUGGAAACUUCCAUGGAGCGUGCUAGCAGCUUGGAAGCUGCAAAAGAUGCUCUUGACGCAGACCUAAAAGCCUUAAACCAGAAGUGCAAUCAACAGGAGAAGACCAUCAGCAAGCAGGGCAAUCAGAUAUGCGACAUGGAGGUCGUCGUCAGCGACAAGGAAGCUGAAAUCGAAGAGAUGAAGUCGCACCUUGAUGAAACAGAGGACCAGCUUUCCAGUAGUCAGCAGGACUACAAGAAGGAGUUAUUGAGCAAAAGAAAAGAGGUUGCUAGUCUCCAAAGCGAACUGUCAAGUCUGAGGGAAAGUUUUGAGCUUAACGAAGAUGCCCUACAGAUUGAGAGGGAGAAAGCUAGGGAAAAAGAGGAGGACACGGAGGCUCUCAAAGAAAAGACUAAGUGUGAGAUAAGCGCUGUACGGCAACAACUUGAGAAGGCUGAGAAUGAACUGAAGAUGGCACUGCAAAAACAUGUGGAAGAUAACCAUAUCGUAGAGGACUUGGGUAGCCAAAUCAGACUGCUGAAAUCACAGUUGGAUGCCGACAGAGAAAUGUAUGAAAGAAAAGAGUUUGAGACUACAGAGCAUGAACUUCAAGCGCAGGAACAAAACUCAACGCUUGAAGAAGAAAUCUCAAAGUUGGAGAGAACAAUUUUGGAAAAGGACACAUUCAUAGCUGAACAAAAAUCUUCUGAGCUUGAGUUUCAAGAGAGUGCGCUCUUUAAGGCAAAAGCCAGCGAAGAAAUAGAAAAACACCUCAACCAACAAGUGUCCGAAGUCAAAUCAGAGGUAUGCGAGCUUGAGAAACAGCUUGAAAGCAAGGCAGAGCUGAUUGAACAUUUAACGCAGCAGAUAGAGUCAUUGAAGGUCUCACUAUUCGACGAGAAAUCGUGUCUGCUAGAGGCCCUUGCAGAAAGUGAAGAAAAACUGGAACAGUCGAACACCAAGUACGGAAGUGAAAUUGAGCUGUUGGAGAGAAAACUUGAAACUGUCAAGGAAGAAAGUCGAGAUGCUUUAGAUGAGCAGAGAAACUGCACCUUGAGGUUACAAGAACAACUCGACCACAUCAGGGACACCCAUUCAGCACAGACAAAAUCUGAAGAAGAAUAUCUAGCCAGCCUGAAGAUGGAGAAACUUGAAUUGGAAUCUGCUGUUGCUGAUAUGCAAGUUUCUGUUGAAGAAAAAGAAACCGAGCUGCAGAAACUGAAAAAAGAUCAAGCUGACAAAGACCGCAAGUUGAAUACAGCUGUUACUCACAUCGAUGCCCUGCAGUCAGAAAUUCAUGAGCUUAGAGAUGUUGCAGUGAUUGCCGACAAAGAAAAUACCAGUGUGAGAGAAGAACUAGCUAGUCAAAUUCAGUCACAGUCACAACAACUUCAGACACUAUCGGACAAACUUGGAGCAAAGCAACGGGAAGCAGAAAUAACUCAUGAGGAGAAAAAGCGUACUGAAGAUGAGUUGGUUCUACUAAAGCAAAGCAUGAUGGAAGGUAAUGAUGUUUCUGAUGCAAUUAAGGAAGAGCUUGGGACAAAGCUUGAGUGUGUUCAACAGGAAAAAGAAACAGCAGAGGCAAGAGUUACUGAUCUACUUCAGCAGCUAGAUUCCUCAAAGAAAACAUCCGUAGAGCUCCAGUAUGAGCUGAGUGUUCUUAAAAAUGAUGUUGACUCGCACUGUUUCACCAGUGAGGAGCAGAUGGCAAGAGUGAAUAAUGCUGUCGCUGAGAAUGAAAAGCUAAAAGAGGAAGCUAACGCUAUGCAAAUAGAAAAUACAAAACUUCAGACCGAUUGGAAAGCUGCCCUAUGCCAGGUUGAAUCAGUGAGCAGUGAAUUGGAGCAGUUUCAGUUCAAGCAGAGUGAGUUGCUGGAACAGAUUGGACAACUAGAAGAGCAAACAAACAACUUCAAAUCCGAGAUAGAACGUCAACAAUUUCAGCUGAUCCAACUGCAGGAGACAAACGACUGUCUGCAAAGAGAAGUAAAUGAGAGGUCAGUUGCUUUGGAGCUGUUGGCAUCAGAGAAAACUGAAGUUGUCCGCACAAAUACUGAACUGAACCAGGAAAUGUCCGAAGUGAUGAGCACUCUUGAGAAGACCAGAGAACAAAAUGCUUUGCUAAAGGAAGAGAUUUCAAUCCUUGAAAGAAAGACCCAAGAUCUUGAACUCAUUGUUGAAAGCCUCAAAGAAGAAAACUCAAAAGAGAAUGCAGAAAAACUGUCUAACUUGGAGAAUGCCAAGACAUCUGGGAGUGAUGUUUUGUCUUUGAAUGAAAAAGUAAAUGUCCUUGAAGAAACAAUCGGAAGACUGAGAGGAGAAAAAGAAGAGAUUGUCAACAAUUAUAACUCUGUGGCCGAAUCCCUUCGCUCAUCACAGCAAGAUAAUCUUGAUCACCAAAGUGCUCUUUCUAGCCUACAUCUGGAGAAAUCUGAUGUUGAGAAACAACUAGAGGCAUCCCAAAUGAAAUGGAGUGAUCUUACACAAGAGAAGGAGAGUCUUAUUCAGGAGUUAGCUCUGAAAGCGGAAGAGAAAAUUGCCAUUGAGGAAGAGCUGGCAUCAGGACGAGUGGAAGUUCAAGAAAUAAAAGAUGGCUGUGAGCAACUAAAACUCCACAUCAGCAGUAUGGAGCAAGAGCACACCGCUGUUAAGAACCAACAAGUGGAGUUGCAAUCUACAGUCACUGAACAGGCCAACAAACUCACUGAGCUUUCAGAAUUGUUAGCAGAUGCUGAAGAUGCAAAAGAAGAAUUUCAUUGGCAGCUUAAGACUUCAACUAGUGAUCUGCAUAAGCAACUUGAAAUUGUCUUGACAGAAAAAGAAAAUCUGGCUACCGAAAAUAAAGCUUUUGCUGUCAAGGUGCCCACAUUGGAAACGAAAAUUGCAGACCUGAAAAGCCAGCUCAAUAUCCAGGAAGCUGAUUCUAGGGUGAGAACUGAUCAAUUGACUUGUGAUAUCAACCAACUUAUGAAUGAGAGACAAGAAGCUCUUGAACUGCUGGAAAAUCUGAAUUCAAACCAAACAGUAGAGGCAGUUGAAAAAGGUGAGCUGGAAAGUCAAAUCAAGCUGAAAGAAAGUGACAUUGAAGAAAAGAAUAAGAUGGUUUCAAGUCUUCAAGCCUCUUUGGAAAGCAUGGAAAAAGAUAAUGCAGAUCUGACUGCAAAAUUAACCAUUAUUCAGAGGAACCUAGAAGAAGCCAACAAUGACAACUGGGACACGACCGAAAGUCUUCAGGAUAAACUGACUGAACUGUCAACUGCAGAAGAAAACAUCAUCUCCUUGAAGGAACGUAUUGAAACUCUGGAAUCAGAAAAACAACACUUGGCUGGUAACAUGGAAGAGUCAUCUGCUACUCAGAAUGCCGAAGUCAAUAGAUUAACGGAUGAACUCCAGAUUGCUUCAGAUAAUCUUCAGGAGGUUUCACAGGAGAGGUCGGAUCUUGCAAGCAAGAUUGAAACGUUGACCUCGCAGCUUAAAAACGGUGAAUCCAGCCUGGUUAAUGUUACAACAGAGAAUGAAACUCUAAGAGUCGAAACGGAUGAGCUGAAAGACACACUGAAACAGGUGCAAACAGAGCUUAGCAACAGCAAAGAACACGCCAAACAGUUGGAUCAUCAACUGGAAUCCUUGAAGUCACUGCAACAAAAGAUGGAGCAGGGAUCUGAAGAGGAAAUAUCUGCCCUCAGCUCAGAGAUGGCUAACCAACAAGAUCAACUCAAGGAGCUUUCACAGAGGUUCAACGUCCUUCAUGAAGAGAACCAAAGAUUGAAGGAGCAAAAUAGUGAGAUGCAGUCCAAGGAAGAGGACUUCUUGGAGAGACUGAGCUGUUUAGAAACUGAAGGUCAGAAUGGGAACUUGUGGAAGGAGAAUUUGGAAGACCAGAUCAAGUCCAUGGAGUACGAUCUCGGUGAAAAGACAAACAAAGUUGAGGAACUAAGCACCCAGCUGCAAGUGUCAGAAUCUGCUAAGCGUAACAUGGAAGAAGAACUUGAGACUGUUGUGGUGGAGAAACAACAACUGGAAGCAGAAAAGGCGGAUUUGGAGUCGGAACUCAAGAUUUUCCAGUUGGAGAAGAAGACAAUGGAAAAUCAAAUUUCAACUCUCUCAUCACAAAACGCUGCCUCUGAAUCUCUGAAUGUGGAGGUCCAAGAUUCCAAUGCGGUGCUUGAGUCUGAGCUGGGUCGCCUGAGGUCACAAAUUGAUGAGGAUGAUAACAGAUUCAAGAAUCUGAAAGAAUCUUUCCAAGAGGCAGAGGAGAACAGUAAGCAGAGGAUGGAGGUGAUGAGCACUGAGCUGGAGGAGGCUAAGAUGAGACUGGAGGCAAAAGAUGAAGAUAUUGAGAGCAAAAAGAUUGAACUUGAUGCCAUUAACAGUGAGAAGAACGAUCUGGAGAAGGCUCUACAAAGGAAACAUGAGGAUCUACUCAGAGUCCAGACAGAUCUUAGCACAGAAGUUGAACGUUAUGAAAGGAGGAUACUGACACUUGAGGAGGAGUCCAGGAAAAACAUUGACCAUUUAAGAGAAGAGCAUGACAAUAAGAUCUCAUCCCUGGAAGAGAGACUUGAGAAUGAGAAGGAGACGGUAUGUGAUCUCCAGAGGCUCCUUGAGACAAUCCGAGUUGAAAAGUCUGAAUCUGACGAAACUACGCAGAGUGCAACAAAACAGCUGGAGAAUCUACAGGCAAACUCCUCUCGACUGGAAGAGAAACUCCAAGAGUUGAAGUCUGAAUGUGAGCAACUGAAGCUUUCCACAGAGAAGGCCAACCAAGCUAUGAAGACGAUGAGCAUCAAGCUGAAACGAGCGGAACAAGAUCCUCCCCCGAGUAAGAAACACCUGCAAGAGCUAAAGAAGCUUGAAGCUAGUUGUGCCAAGCUGCGAGGACAGCUGGUCGAUGAGAAAUCAGCCCGUGUCAGAGCAGAGGAGUCCCUGGAAAAAGUCACCGCGUUGGAAGAGAAUACAUCCAAGGAGGUUGUUGAGAAGACACAAAAUUUGUCAAAGCAAAUAGAAGAACUGAAAAAGGAUAAAGAAUCUCUUCAUGGAAAGCUUCAGCUAUCCAUAAACAACUCGCGUCGACUUGAGAAAGAUCUAUCGACUCUUCAAAGUCACGUGUCCAGUCUAGAGUCUGAGUCAUCCAAUAAGUCAUCGAGGGCCAAGACACAAGGCGAGAGUGGUGAGAGCUAUGAGCUGCAAAAGAAGCUUGAUGAGAAGGAAGAGGAAGCCAUCAGUCUGAAAGAGCUGGCCGAGACCAAUGAGAGGGAAGCUGAACAAUACCUUAGAAACUACACAGACUUAACUAAAAGGUAUCAGAAGGUAGAGGCACUGAAUGACACCUUAUCCAGUAAAGUGAAGAUCCUUACAUCAAUGCUGAAGGCAGCAAAAGCAGCCAAAUCGGAGCGUCCUGCUGACAGCUCAAAACCAGCUUUGGUUUCUCAGAAUAUGCCACUGGUAAAAGUUGCCCUACCAGCAGAUGAUCCAGCAAUCAAAGCCCACUUGCUCUCCAAUCAUACCAAUAACUUUCACGGCCAGUCCAAAUUAUCCACUGGUGCAUUGGAAGUAGCAGCUCCACCUAAUUCAUCGGUGGAGUCUACCAAGACACCAAGUCCAGGGCGUAGAAGGACUCGACUAUCGGCAAGGAGGCGUUCAUCAACAAGUAAAGUAGAAAUUGCACAGUCAAUUACUGCUCCAGCAACCAACACCGAAGUUACUAUCAACCCUGAUGUGCCCAUGAAAGUCGAAUCCCUCAGUUCUCAAGAGAAGGUUUCUGUUGUCAAAGUGGAGGUUGAGAACAACCAUGUGAGUCAUCUUCCAGUGAGGGCUGGUAAGCGUCCCUUGAACACCCCCGUCAAGCCCAUUGAGACCAAGCGAAGCAGGAACCUGAGUGGACAAGAAGCCGGCCAAUCUGAACAAUCCAAUGCAAUAACAACUGAGCAACAGAACAGAGGGCGAUUGACAACCAGAAGUCGUCUCAAGCCACCUACGACAAUGCGCUCCACCCGCAGCAGCAGGUCCCAGGAGAGUACAGCGACAGCCACCACCAGCAACAGCUUCAUUCCACCCAGCAAUAGUCAGGAUGCAAAGCAAGGCUUUAACUUCAGAGCAACUGCAAACAUGGAGGGACUGCCUCAACGAGUCACUCGCAGCAGUCAAAAUUCUCAGGGAGAGUCUGGUCCUCAUCCAGCAGCCUUGGAGACCAUCACAAACAGCCCAAGAAGGCUGCCACCAACGACAGAGGCCACUAAGCGUCGCCGUUUGGGUGGAGCACAGCGCUCGCUCAGUCUAAAGAAAUCCCCUGAGCAGCUGUCAAAGAGACCACAGACAACCACACAAGGAAAACAAGAAAACUGUGAAAUACAAUAACUGUACAAAAAUACUUUAAAUGUGUAUGUGUUUGUAUGUUUUGGUGUAGCUUUUUGCCUUUUAACCAGAUGCAGUGAAUCAGUAAAUGUGGGACACAAUAGUUUUUACCAAGUGAUGUGUGAGAUAAUUUGAGUGUACUGUGAAAAGUAGUUUACAAACCGUUCUUUAUAAAUUUAAAGUGAGUUCUUGUGAACAAAAAUUCCAGUUUUGAAAAUAAAUACUUUUAUGCUUCAAAAACAUGUUUACUUAAGAAGGUUGAUGCAACAAAGAGUAGUGAAGUAGCAUGAACUUGUUUUUGUUCAAAUAAACUUUAGUACGCUCUGGAUGACACCAAUAUAUGUAACGAAUCCUGAAAGCAAUGCAACAAACUUUUAACGAUCAUGACGUUUUUUGUACGUGUUGAAAUCAUUACCUUUAUGUUUGUCCUUUAAUUUGUUUAACACUUUUUAUAGUUUAGCUAUUUGCAUUGUACUGUUGUUGGAACAACCCUUUUGAAAGAAAGAAAAUUAUAUUACUCUUUUGUGAACUAGAUUUCGGCAACUAGAUUUGUGAAUAUUGUUGCUUCCAACACGGCCGCAUUCCUUUUUUUUUUUUUUUUUUUUGAAAAGCUGUGUUAAAAAAGAUACGACAGUUUUGGUUUACCAAGUUCUACAUCAACAUAAGCCUAAAACUGAGUCUGAAUUGAAAGUAGGGGUUGUUUUUUGUGCUACUUCUAAAAUGAAACAAAAAUUAAACAAUUCUGUGAAAAGACACAGCAGUUGAUUUCACUCAUAUAAAUACAUGUAGAUCAUUGAUAGUUUUCAUUACUUAAGACAUAAACUUGUACCAUUAUUAACUGUAAAGCUGAGCCAUCUGUUAGGCAAAGUACCCAUCAAAGAUUGAUCUUUAUUUUCAAGUAGUUUAAUGCUGUCCAAAGUAAAAGGUAAAAAAGACUCAAAUCCUUCCUUAUUUACUUGGCUUUUGAGUAUAGCUUGUAAAUAUGUACAUGUAGUAUACUGUUAAAUAAUAACCUUUCUUAAACUUUACUUGUAACUCAUGAUCAAUACUCAUGUAGAUUUUGUUUCAUAACAUUCCACUUUUAGUAGGUAGAAAUACAAGACGCUCCGAGUAGUUCUUUCCAAGCCAUCGCAGGAAUUUUGUGGAUGCAGUUAAGGGCCAUUGCUGCCCAUUGCCCUAGUCGUGAAAUGAGUGUUUGUACUUCACCUCAGAAUGUCCAAUAUGAACAUUUUUGAAAUGAACACUUCUAAAGAAAAGUUUAACUUGCUGUCCUAGCUUUUGUUCAGAUCGUAUUAGUAUUUAAAAAGACAAAAACAUAAAUCCAAUGUGAUGUUUUGCUCAUUGUUUUGUGCUUGUAAAUAAUGCUCGCAUGUGUAAAAUGCUUCAUUUUCAACUGUCAUAAUUUGUACAAUCUGGAUUAUAUAGAGAUAGGUCUCCAGGGGUCGAAUUUACAAAACUGUUCCUCACUAAGGAUCGAUCUUAGGAUUUGGGACUAGUCCCAGCCGUAAGAUUGUUCCUAUAGGAAGGGUCUUAAGUAACUCUUUGUGAAAUUGGCCCCAGGCAACACCUACAUACAGUCUGUUUUUCAUAUUUUCUCUUCUCAUGAGCUAAAUGUAAAUAGCUGCGCCUGAAACUCAAAACAGCUUUCUCGUGGAUGAUGAUUUCAGCUUGUAAAUUCAUAUUUUGUAUGUUUUUGAUGAUUCUCAUGCAAAUAUAUAAUG